AGUCACCGAGCCAGGCAACACAACUGCCCACCGAGCCGCGCUACCAAGAAUUCUUAACAUGGAUGCUUCAUCAGAUGUGACACCGCUGCAUCAACACAUCGAGCCAUUCGACCCUGACUCGAGCUCGUGGGCAGAGUGGGAGGAGCGCCUAGAGCUGUUCUUCGAUUACAGCGGCAUCACUGACGAGAAGCAGAAAAAAGUCACAUUUCUGGCGGCAUGCGGCAGAAAGGCAUACGCUUUUCUUCGCAGUUUGAUUGCACCUCGGAAGCCGAUGGACGUACCUCUUGCAGAGUUGCUUCUGGUUAUGCAAGGUCAGGAGGAUUCUGACCUUUCAGUCACCAUCAGCCGGCGCAAGUUCGGCUCGUGUGUCCGUCGCGCUGGCCAACAAGUCGCUGACUACGCUGCUGUUCUCCGCCAAAAUGCCAACGACUGCUGUUUUGGAGAUACCCUCGGGGACAGGCUGCUGGAACAGCUCAUCUUCGGAAUAGCAGAUGAUCAAAUGCAAAGAAGACUGUUGUCUGAGAAGAAUCUAAGUUUCAGCAGCGCCGUUGCCAUUUGCCGCACUAUGGAGGCGUCCAACUCAGAUGAUGAAGUGACGACCAGUGAUCAUACAUCCGAGAUCACAACUCGGCCAAACUCGGAGAGCACCAACUGGACGCGUAAUGAGAGCGAGAUGGGGCUGGAGCGCCUGUCAGCCGAGCUGGACGCCUCGAGGAAGGCGUGUGCCAUCUACAGUAACGAGUUGCUCCGAGUGAAGGCUGCAUAUGAGGAGUCUCAGCGGCAGCUCGACUCCAUCCGCCGCGAGAACAAGGUCCUGUCCGGCAAGAACGAGGAGGCGGUCCGGCGCUACCAGGCCGAGAUCGGCGAAACAACGGCGCGCCUGGAGGAGGAGGUCCGGCUGAAGACCGAGCUCCAGGCGCAGUUGGACGCCUCAGAGCGAGCCAGGGACGCUCUUAGCGUCCAGCUAGAGGAGAGCAGAGCUCUGCUGGAGCGGGCCGAAAGCAGACGGCACCAGGCAACGCCAUGUACUAACUUUGAACAGCUGCCGACGAAGACGCGGGACCUCAUCCUACAAUACCUCAGGCCCUCACAGUUGUUAACGAUCCGCGGAGCCCGCGCCCCCUCCGAGGCGCGGGCUAAGCCGCCAGCCGCUGCAUGA